UCCUGGACGGCGGCAGCGGCGGCGCGAGGAGCCGGCAGGCGGCAGCGCGAUGGGACCCCUUCGGGAGACCAAGGAGCUGAGAGUACAGCAUCAUGAGAAGGAGAUUGCCCGAAGCCGGAUUCCCCGUUUGAUUCUUCGGCCCCAUCUGCCUCAGCAACAGCACAAGGUGUCCCCAGCCUCUGAGUCUCCUUUCUCGGAGGAAGAGAGCAGAGAGUUCAACCCCAGCAGCUCUGGGCGCUCAGCGAGGACCGUGAGCAGCAACAGCUUCUGCUCAGAUGACACAGGCUGCCCUAGUAGCCAGUCAGUGUCGCCUGUGAAGACGCCCUCGGAUGCUGGGAACAGCCCCAUUGGCUUUUGCCCUGGAAGUGAUGAAGACUUUACCAGAAAGAAAUGCACAGUUGGAAUGGUUGGUGAGGGAAGCCUCCAAUCAGCGCGACACAAGAAGGAACCGAAGUCAGGCCUUGUAAAGCCAGGUAGUGAAGCCGAUUUUAGCUCCUCGAGCAGCACCGGCAGCAUCUCGGCUCCUGAGGUCCCCAUGUCUGCCACCGGGAGCAAGCGGUCCUCUUUCUCACGCAAUCGAGGUCCCCAUGGGCGGAGCAAUGGAGCUUCAUCCUACAAGUCUGGCAACAGCCCACCCUCCCCACGGGAGAAAGACCUUCUGGCCAUGCUCUGCAGGAACCAGCUGAGCCCGGUUAACAUCCACCCCAGUUAUGCGCCUUCUUCCCCGAGCAGCAGCAACUCCGGCUCGUACAAAGGAAGCGACUGUAGCCCUGUCAUGAGGCGGUCUGGAAGGUACAUGUCCUGUGGUGAAAAUCAUGGUGUCAAACCCCCAAAUCCUGAGCAGUACUUGACUCCUCUGCAGCAGAAGGAGGUUACGGUGAGACACCUGAAGACCAAGCUCAAGGAGUCUGAGCGCCGUCUGCAUGAGAGGGAGAGUGAGAUCGUGGAGCUGAAGUCCCAGCUGGCCCGAAUGCGUGAGGACUGGAUUGAGGAAGAGUGCCACCGGGUGGAGGCCCAGCUGGCCCUCAAGGAGGCCCGGAAGGAGAUCAAGCAACUCAAACAGGUCAUCGAAACGAUGCGGAGCAGCCUGGCCGAUAAAGACAAAGGCAUUCAGAAAUAUUUUGUGGACAUCAACAUUCAGAACAAGAAGCUGGAGUCGCUCCUCCAGAGCAUGGAGAUGGCGCACAGCGGCUCGCUGAGGGAUGAGCUGUGCCUCGACUUCCCCUGUGAGUCCCCGGAGAAGGGCUUAGUCCUCGGCGCCGCCUUGGGGCCGUCGGAGGAUGCUCUGUCCCCGGAGGAGCCGGCCACGGAAGAAGGGGCCGCCAGCGAGUUGCUGGGGGCAGACGGCGCGGCCCCCGGCGAGGAUGUGUUGGAGGAGCUGGUGACAGGCGCCAUCCCGGAGCCGCAGCUGCCGGGCGCCGAGGUCGUGGCGCUGGGCGGCGAGGCGGCGGCGGUGGGCCGCCGAGGGCGCCGCGCGGUGGCGGAGCGGGCGGUGCAGACCGACGUGGUGCCCUACAGCCCGGCCUUCUCCGAGCUUCUCCAGCACGUGCUCCGGCUGCAGGACCCCUGGCCCUCCUCCAGCGCCGCGACCCCCGACGAGGAGUCCGGGGACGACUCGACCGAAAGCUUCCCGGAGCCCAUCUCCGCCUUCGUGGUCGAUUUAACUCCCCGGAAUCCAAACUCGGCCAUCCUUUUGUCUCCCGUGGAGACCCCGUCCCCCGCGGCGGGUCCCGAGGCGCGUGGGAACCGCCUCAUGAGAGAGCUGGACUUUGCGGGCUGGGAGGCGGCGGCGGAGGAGGAGGAGGUGAGGCUGGACGGCCCGGGCCCCGUGGCCCGCGCAGGGGGCAUCGCCGGGCGCUACUGGAGCCGCAGCUUCCUGGUGGAUCUGCUGGCCGUGGGGGCCCCCGUGGUCCCCACCGUGCUGUGGGCGUUCAGUACUCAGAGGGGGGGCACGGAUCCCCUGUACAACAUCGGGGCCCUGCUACGCGGCUGCUGCGUGGUGGCCCUGCACUCACUCCGCCGCACCACCGAGCACAUCAAAACCUAAACAGACGAUGUGGCUUCGGUGGGGUGGGCCCUCCUGCCCCCACCCCGUGCCGCACGGUGCCCGGUGGAGAAGCCGCAGGGUCGACCGGUGGCGGGCCUGGUUCUGUCGUUCUUUGCUCCUUGGUAUUUGAUUUGCACUAUAUUUAGUUGAAAGCCUGUUCCCUGUUGAAAACCGGAGGUAUCUUCAAAGGCAUGAAGACCUGGUUCCAGUCAAUGUCCCACCGGUGUGAUAGAGAAAGCAUGUUUGUGACCCUGCCCUUGUCGUCCGAGGUACCCCUGCUUAUUAUCCUAGUGGUUCAGGAAGAGAAAAUGCAGAGUUUGCACUUUCAAGACAGCUUCUGUAAGGCUGGCAUGUUAUCUCCUUGCUUUGCUUUGUCCCGUUUUUCAAAAAUGUGUAAUUGUUAACAGCAUUCCAAUGGUCUUGUGCAUAGCAGGGGACUGUAACCAAAAAUAAAAAUGUAUUUGUGUAAUGGGUUGGAAGAAGUCUUGAAUAGCUCUUUAGUGUCUUACUUGGGGUUGAUAAGGUUUGAGUGUUUGCAGUUUUUUUAAACUAAAUGUAGCUCCAGAGUCUGAAAUGGCUUGCGUGUUCCUAAACCUGGUAAUUGAUGAAACUGUAUGUAAGGUUUACAUUGUAUUAACUUAUUUUUUGCUUAUUAUAUAUAGUGUUUCGUUGAAAAUCAUUUGUAACCACACACUUCAGCAUGAUGAAAAUAGAGAUUAGUG